GUGACCUGCCCAGUGAAACAGGCGAUGGGCUCUACAGUCACAGUAGCUGACAUGGAGUGUCAACAUUAGCCGUUGUCCCGUGGCAGGUUUACGGGCACGUUUCGUGUGGAACGUCGCGCUAUUGCUCGGAGAAAUCACCUCUAAAAUGAUGCGCUUCAUGCUGCUGUUCAGUCGGCAGGGCAAGCUGCGGCUGCAGAAGUGGUACACGGCCACAGCAGAGCGUGACAAGAAGAAGAUGGUGAGGGAGCUAAUGCAAAUAGUGCUGGCACGCAAGCCCAAGAUGUGCAGCUUCCUUGAGUGGAGAGACCUCAAGAUUGUCUACAAGAGGUACGCCAGCUUGUAUUUCUGCUGCGCAGUGGAGGAACAGGACAACGAGCUGAUUACGCUGGAAGUCAUCCACCGCUUUGUCGAGCUCUUGGAUAAAUACUUUGGCAGCGUGUGUGAGCUUGACAUCAUAUUCAACUUUGAGAAGGCUUAUUUCAUCCUGGAUGAAUUCUUGAUGGGAGGAGAGAUUCAGGACACAUCCAAAAAGAGUGUCCUCAAAGCCAUUGAGCAAGCUGACAUACUGCAGGAGGAAGACGAGUCGCCCAGGAGCGUGCUGGAGGAGAUGGGAUUGGCAUAGUGACUCUGCCUCUUUGAGGUGGACCACAUAAGACUGAACACUCUUCUGUGGCUCUUACAAUGUGAUGAUGCAUUGAGACAGUUUGUGUGCGAGUGUGUGCGUGAGACAGAGAGAGAGGCACGUCUCUUGUUAGUGUUUUGAUUUUAAGCAUGAGAUGGAUGCAUACAUACGAGUAAGUAAGACAGGCUGGCAAAUGGGGGCAAAAAUGAUUAAAGAGAGCAUUUAAUUACUAUACAUUAUGAAUAACAAUCUUAAUAAUAGACCAAAAACAGUUCUGUUUUAAUGUGACAUUUUCUAACAUUGUGUACUUUGAUGCUGUUGUAAGUGUGCUGGCAGCUAGACGUUGUGUAACACUGCAUUGGACAAGGUUAUUGUUGGACUGUUAGGAUAGUAAAGAGAAACAUCAGUCACAGGACGCGGCCGCCCCGUCCUAGCUUUGGUCUUUUUAUUGGGUAUGUCCACUGCAAGAAAAAUCCACUCCUUAAUUCGAGAGUUUUUGCAAUGUUAGUUUUGUAUCAUUUCAUGGCUGCGCUACCUUCAGGCGAAAAAAGGUUUGCCACUUGAUUUGCAAGUGUGUGCUGCCAUGUCAACAACAGUACGGCGUGAGUCCUUGAGUAAAAUGGCUUUGUUUGUUUGUGAUGCAGCCCCUUAAGUAGAUUUAAAAUAGCAUUGAACAUCCUGUCGCCGGGGACAGUCAGCAUGAAAUACUUCUCCAUAACUUCCACUACAUUGGAACUUGUUAACCAAAUGACUCAGAGUCGUGUAUAAAAAAAAGAGUAUGGCCAUACAAACGAGAGGCGCCAUGACUUCUACCAGGGACUGUGCCUGAAUGCAUGCAAUUGCUGUCGUUUUGACGUUAGUUUUUCUGAUGAAAUACAUCAAAAUAAUACGUCUAUAUAUAGUCCUAAACAUACUCCAGCUCAUAAACUUCCAAUAAAACAUGCUUUUAUUUCGUGAAAGUAUAAUUUUGCGGUCGUAUUUGAUGAACUCAGCUGCUACAUUCCUGCAGUGUUUCGUGACCAGCAGGCACUCUAACACUCACCCAACAGAGCAAUAAACGUAAAAAAGUACACAGAACGACCAAAAAAUAACUUUCUACCUUCAUUUUGCCAAAAUCUUCAUUAGCUUUGGACCAACAAUCACAGAGAAAUACAUAUCACUCAUUACGUAUUAUUCUAACUGAUCAUUCUUUUUUAUAACAUGCUAAGUGAAAAGGUGUCUUUUUGAACUUAUUUUCAAAUUUUUCUACACAAUAACUCCGAUAUGGUAACACUAGCGAGCAGUAGAGAAUCUGGAGUGAUUUUUGGUCUAGAUUAGAACAUAUCUUGCUUUAUUUAAUAUUGACGUAUUUCUUGACAAUUUAUGUUGUAUAUUUUUAAUGAGAUUUUCAGUUCAUUUUCUCAUCUAUUAGUACACCCAAAAUGUAGUUUAUUUUACUCUUUCAAUGUCCGUUUAUUUGUAUUUUUGUUUGACUUUCUCUUCGGCUGUUACAGAAUAUCAUUAUUUUAGUUUUACUAAGAUUCAAAGAUAGUGUUUUCGUCAAACUUUCUCUUGAAUUUCCUUUAUUGUGUAACUGUGUGUUCUCUCCUGAACAAAACACAGACGUGACACAGUAGUUGAUGGCGAACCUUCCCUUUCCAUAUUUGUCUUUUGUCCGGGUUGUCGGGAAAGCGAUGUAAAAGCUUUGCACAAUUCUCGCGGGAGAAUUGUGCAAAGCACAACAGGGCAUUUUCACACGUCGAUAAACUAGCGAGGAAGUCCCACAAACACGAAGCAUCAGCUCAAAGUUAGUAGCAGUCAUGGCGCUCCAUAGUCACGUGAGUGCCUUUUGACCAAUCAUUGAGAUCGCCUGAAACCGAGUUGGCUAUAGUCUCUUUAUACACGACUCUGAUGUCCUAGUACUACCUAGUGUUUGUCUCAUGAAGAACACUAUUAAUGUUGUCUUAAAUUGAUGAAAUAUGCUGUUUGUGUUUGGUUUGACUCAUGAGUGACACUACGGACCAUAAAUGAGGACAUCAAACCUUGUUUUAAUGAUGGAUCUGACUUGAUGCAGUGCAAGUGUCUGGUGACAAGUGGAUUUAGAAAAAGGAACCAAAGACUUCACUGCCGACAAUACACACCUACUGCAUGACCUAGUGACCUCACGUGACUACAUUGUGUGACAGUAAAAGGAGGGCGAGCCGUACCGCCUUUUAAACACUCUUUUAGGGUUGAACUGACUCUGCAGCCAGUUUCGAAUGUAUUCUUGCUUUCCGUCGAGCCCGUACCUCAGCUGUUAGGUUUUUGUUCCUGAAGUCCAGGCAGGCUGGUUUUGUUACACUACAAAAUAACCUAAUGACAUUUUGAGGUCAGGUUGUUUUUUUUUGUUGGAGUCUACUCACUUAUGCAUUUGCUCUGCUUUACACACUUGUCUUACUUACUGCACUAUAUAAAUUGCUUUUUUGAGGGUGGCUAACCUGAAAGGUGGUGGUGCAUACUUCCCAUACGGUACUGUAAUAAUUUGUCUGGAGGGUUUUUGCUGCUUGUACACUCUUAAAGCCUCACAAACGGUCCUUUCUGGAUGCUUAAGUCCAGCUUCCAUCCUUAUGCAUGUGUUUGCAGCUUUGUGUGAGCCUGUUCUGACCCAAUGAAAGAACAAAGGCAAAUAUCACCUGAUCAUGCUUUUUGUAGCGUUAAGAACAUGUGCAUCAAGCUUUUUGGAGGCUUUUUAUUUAAAUUGUAUUUAACAGUCUUGCUUUAAUUGGACUUAAUUCUAGCUAAUCUUUUUUAAGAGUUGUCACGAGAGCCUGUCAAGUCUGUGAUGUUCCAGUCUAUAAGGUGUGUGGCAGCAGUUUUAUAAGGAUGAA